AUGGAAAAACGUUUACGUUGUAAACUUCCCAAGUGCGGUGGGUUUACGUACGUCAUGUGUGUAAAAUGCCAAACCUCGCUGUGCUUUAACAAAGCUUUUAAGAGUUGAACUUUAUAAUGAUAACAAAAGCGUAUCUCUAGCUUCCUACCACAGUGUAUAGAAAUACAUUAUUUUAGGUAUUAACAGCACUUUCAGUGCUGGCCUCUGGAUUGUACCAGAAACCUAUUGGCAUGGAUUACCUACAUGGGCUCAGUCAACCCAAUGUAUCGAAAGCACUAAUGGAAGUGGUGGAUACAUUCAAUCAUCCAGACAUUUUAAAAAAGCAUGUUUACUUUCCUCAAACACCACAAGAGAGAAGUGCUAUAAUUAAUGGGUAAUUAUUCAAAUGUUGAUAAAUAGUUAUUCUGCAAAAACAUAUUUGUGAAACAAUAUGUGAUAACAUAA